AUGGAACCAAAUCAGUCUUUAUAUCACAGUGAUGGAGCCACAUUGUUGGGGGAGACCAGCUGCCCACUGAAAGUCACCGAGGACAUCUGGUUCGGAUGCUGUUCCUGCACCUAUGUCACUAAAGAUCAGUGUGGAAUUGUGAGCCACCUGGCGGCCCAUGGUGAUGAACAAUCCAAGUGCCAGCAUCUUCCCAUUUCAGGUUCUAAGUCCCAAGUGCUUGGCAAAACUCAAAAGCACAAGAGUGAAAAACCAUUUAAGUGCAAGCUUUGCCCCCAAGAGUUUGCUUAUCAUUCCCUUCUGACCUGUCAUGAUCAAAUACACACUGGUGAAAAGCGAUUUAAGUGCAUGCAAUGCCCCAAAUCCUUUGCUCAGAAUAAAAAUCUGAUCUACCACAAUCGAACACACACAGGUGAAAAGCCAUUUAAGUGCAAGCUUUGCCCCGAAGAGUUUGCCAGUAAUUCCCUUCUCACCUACCAUAAUCAUCUGCACACUGGGGAAAAGCCUUUUAAGUGCACGCAAUGCCCCAAAGCCUUUGCUCUAAAUUGCCAUCUGCGAACCCAUAAUCGAACACACACUGGUGAAAAGCCAUUUAAGUGCAAGCAAUGCCCUCAAGCCUUUUCUCAAAAUUGUCAUCUGCAAACGCAUAAUCGAAGGCACACUGGUGAAAAGCCAUUUAAGUGCAAGCAGUGUCCCCAAGCCUUUGCUGAUAAUUCGGCUCUGAGAAGUCAUAAUCGAACGCAUACUGGUGAAAAGCCGUUCAAGUGCAAGCAGUGCCUCCAAGCCUUUGCUUCGAGUUCUAAUCUGCGAAGCCAUAAUCGAACACACACAGGUGAAAAGCCAUUUAAGUGCAAGCAGUGCCCACAAGCCUUUGCUCACGAGUCCACUCUGAGACAUCAUAAUCUAACACACUCUGGUGAAAAACCGUUUAAGUGCAAGCAGUGCCCCCAAGCUUUCGGUCGAAAUUCUCAUCUACAAAGCCAUAAUCAUUUACACACUGGUGAAAAGCCAUUUAAGUGCCAACAGUGCCCUCGAGCCUUUGCUUUUAAUUCCUAUCUGCAAAGCCAUAAUCUAACACACAGAUGAAAAGCCAUUUAAGUGUAAGCUGUGCCCACAGGUUUUUUCUCACAAUACCAGUCUGAUCCGCCAUUAUCGAAAACAGUGUUUAAAGGGAAACGAGUAAAUAUAUUCAGUCAACUUUUUUUUUAAUUUUCAUUUAUCAUGUUGAAAUUUAGUAUACUGUAAAUUGAUGUAUUUCUUAGUGGUGAUUUUAAUUAUGCAACUAGUCUUAAAGAUAGUUUUACUAGAUCCUGACUUAUCAAUAAAUUUUAGUUUUAUUUAGGCCCUUGUUUUGGGUAGUUAGCGUAAAAUUCUUCAGAAUAUAUCAGAAAUUUUAUAGAAUUGCAUUGACCAAGACAUGCUUUGUGGAGUGAUGCUAUUUUUGUUGCUUUAUAUGUCAUAAAAUAAUUUUAUUUAAUUAGCCUGUCUUAAUUAGUCACUAACGACCCGUAAAGAGGACCUAAUUAAAAUUACAUAUUUAUUGAUAACUCAGGAUCUGUCUGAAAACUAAUUGCACAUUUGAAAUCACCACUGAAAAAUACAUCUGUAUACUAAAUUUCAGCACGAUAAUGAAAAAUAAAACGUUAAAGGCCCUCGUUCCCUCUUGAAAACCUUACAAGGGCAAACAAUGCCCCAAAAGCUUUGCUCGGUAUGGGAGUUUAUCCGCCAGAACCAAAUGCACAUGUGCGGAAUGCCUUGCGGUUGACCCGUAAGUUGAGCCUGCACCGUGUGUAAUCAUUGAGUAGCUCAUACAAAACUUCAUGCCUUUUCACUCAAAGUAUGCAUAUACCUGAGUGCAAGAUAGGUCCCAAGGCCCUUGCCCAGCUUAAUAGUGAAGCUCACCGCACUGAAGCGCCUAUGCGUAAUAAACCUCACAAACUCCAGCAGCGUUCCAGGCCAUUUUCUGAUCGGUUUUGCCUCAUCGGGCACAAGCUAACAAACCCUAAGGGCAUUUGCAUAAAGCCUGCAGCGGGUAGGCCUUUCAAAUGCCAGCAAUAUCCGAGAAGCUUGGAUCAUAAUUCCAGCUUGGUUGGCCAUACAGCCAGACUGUUUGUCAUUGCUCUCCCUCCUUUUGUCCGAAGGCCAUCAUUUGUCAUCACACAAAUGUAUUGGUGCUUAGGAAAUGAUUCUUCUCCAUUUGUGAUCUAGAGGCUGGGUCAAUAAACAGGAGACAUUUCUUAAUGCAUUUCAGAGCAUCUACUCUGUGUUCUGCACCAAAUGUGCACUGGGUCAUGCUCUAGCUCUUGUUCCAAACUCCCUUGAACUUGCUCGAUGUAUGCUUAUUGAGGCGAGGUUGAAUAUGCUUGUAAAAAUGUCUUCAUUGUUUUCUUUUGAUUCUACUCUUAUCUAUGUGGAAGGAAGAUAUAAUCGUGCCAAAAGUUAAUAUAUGACCACAAUUCAAUCUUGACUAUUGAAAAACAAAAAGGUUGGCAGUUUCAACUUUAACACUCUUGUUUCUUUCAGCUGCUGCAGAUUAUGGUACUG